AACACAGAUAUUAUAGUAUCACACGUCUUUCUUCAUUUGACUGAUUUCUACAACACGGGGUCACGGGGAAAGCUGGAGCCUAUCCCAGGGAGCAUCGGGCACAAGGUCAUUCAGCUGUCCUGGAAACUUCUGAGACAUUUGUGUCAUCUACCACUGACUAACCAGGAUUAUGGCUACAGGAUUACAAGACUCAUCACUGACUGUACGUGAUGUAAUCAAGAAGAGUAAAUUCAUCAGUGAAGGUCCACCUGCACGAUAUCGUCUCCUCACAACCAGAAGUAAUCUUUAUGAAAAAGGCUCAGUGAGAAAAUGGACAUUUGGACAGCGAGACAUCAAUAUGCAAAACAAAAUCCUACUGAUGGUAGGAGAAACUGGAACAGGCAAAACUACGGUGAUCAACGCAAUGGCUAAUUAUAUACUUGGGGUGAAGUUUACAGAUGAAGUGUGGUUUGAGAUUACAGAAGAAAAGGGAGAUAAUUACAUGUCAGAUCAGUCAAAAAGUAAAACAACUGAAAUCACUAUGUAUGAGAUCUUUGCUCAAGACAACCCAAUCUGUCUCACCAUCAUUGACACUCCAGGUUAUGGAGACACCAGGAAAACAAACCCUGAUAAACAGAUUGCUGAGAAUCUGUACAAACUGUUUCACAAUGUUACUGGAGUGAAAGAAAUCGAUGCAGUGUGUCUGAUAGUGAAGGCAUCUGAGAAUUCACUCUGUGACAGACUGCAGUACAUCUUUGAUGCAGUUUUGUCCUUAUUUGGUAAAGUCAUAGAGAACAACAUUGUCAUUUUUGUCACUCACUCAGACGGAUUGCCUCCAGAUAACGCUCUUAAUGCCAUCAAGAAAGCGGGGGUUCUCUGCAGGAAAAAUGAAGAAAAUGAACCUGAGCAUUUCUUAUUCAACAAUCGCCAAGCUGAAAAAAGGAACCAAAGAUAUAACAGAGUUCUCCAGACAGCUUGGGAACUAACAGAGGACAGUUUAAAUGUGUUUUUUGCCUCACUGGAAGAAGAGAACAGAAAAAGCUUAGAGCAGACUGAAAGUGUUAUGAAAGAAUCCAGACAACUUGAAGCCUGUAUGUCUAAUCUAAAAGGCCGCAUUGACUUUGUAGAGCGCAAACGUGAAGAACUGACUCAGAUUCAGAAAAUCCUUGAGGAAAACCAAGAAAAGAUUAAGAGAAAUGAAAACUUUACUUUUACAGUCACCAAGUGUUACAAAGAAAAAGUUUCCAUUGAAAACGCUUCACGGGGGAACAGAAAGGCCACCACUUGCUCUGUCUGUGAGGAGAACUGUCAUGAGUAUAACUGCUGGAGCGCCUGGAGUCCUUGGUGGUGUGAAGUCAUGAGAAAUGGCCACUGCACUGUAUGUACAGGUAAAUGUCACUACACUAAACAUGUCAAAGAAGACAAGAAAUAUGUUACACGCAGCGAACAGACCACAGUGAGGUUUGAUGAUUUUAAAAAACAAUAUGAAAGCAGUAAUUCAGCAUCAGAUAUCACGUUUGACUCAAAGGCUGUUGAAAAUGUUAAAAAUGAGUUAGAAAGCAGCAAGAAACAGGAAGAGGAGAAGACAAGCAUUGAGAAGAGACUGAAAGAAGAACUGACCAAGACUGAAAAGGAAAAUGCUGAGCUGGUGAAAGAAGCCUGCACCAUCAUCAUGAAACUGUCUGAGAUUGCUUUAAAGUCAGAUUCUGCUUUCAUUGUUCAGUGUCUCGACUUCUUGAUCCCUCGAGCUGAAGAAACUGGAAAACUCAACUAUGCUCAGACACUAAGAGAGCUGAGGAACAUUCAGCCUGAAUCACAGGAAAGAGUUAAUGCUGUAACGGGGUAUACAAGAGCAUUGAGUAAAUUUGCUGUUACUGGUAAAAAAUGAAUUCAGGAGAUUAAACAUGGCCAUGCAACAUGUAAUGAAGAAGGAAUUCUGAUCAUAUCUGAAUCCAGACUGCAGCUUUUGUUCAAUUCAAAAACUGCAUUGUGUUUAUUCAUUAAUGCUGUUGUUCAAAUCAAAAUUCAUUAAUACUGUUGUUUAAUCUCUUACUUUGUUUUGGUAAUCAUUUAAAACUGUUUCGAUGAGC